GUCGUUGAUCUGAACUCAUUAACAAAUCAUGGAAGUGCUAACCCUCGUAGCCGCUCUGCUUGCUUUGAGCAUCACCCCUUACGCCCACUCCGUGAAGCUCUUGUACGCCAACCGACAUGACAUAAGGAUUAUUUCAACAAAUCAAAGUGACCAAAAGGAAACUACGAUCGUGGACACCCUUGAGGAUGCUAUUGCGUUGGACUUUGACUAUACGGAAGGAUUGGUAUUUUGGGCCGACGUUGGUCAGCAGAAAAUCGAACGCGUUCGUAUUUCACAAGAGAAGAGUGGGGAAAUCGAAGAUGUCAUUUCGUUUGGGUUAAAGAAGCCUGAGGGUUUAGCCGUAGAUUGGGUAGGAAAAAAGUUGUAUUGGACCGAUUGUAGCGAUUCUGACUGGGAAACGAACAGAAUCGAAGUUGCAAAUUUCAAUGGAUCAGAUCGCAAAGUUCUUUUUUGGAAAGACUUGGAUUUCCCCAGGGCUAUUGCCGUGGAUCCAUUAAAAGGGUAUAUGUUUUGGACAGACUGGGGAGAGAACCCCAAAAUAGAGCGAGCUGAAAUGGACGGCUCCAAUCGUCGAGUCAUCAUUGAAAAAGACGUUCAUUGGCCAAAUGGGUUAGCAAUAGACUACAAAGCUGAGAAAAUAUACUGGGUGGAUGCAAAGUUGUUUCACAUAGCGGCUGCCAACUAUGAUGGUACAAAACGUAAGAACAUGUUCAAGUCUUCAACCCAAUGCACACUGGCUCAUCCAUUUGCUAUGACACUGUACGAGAACAAAAUUUUCUGGACAGAUUGGACAACUAAAGGGAUACACUGUACGAACAAGAGCUCUCUCGAAUGUCGAGAAAUCUGGACCACUAGCUAUUCGCCCAUGGAUAUUCGUACAUACGAGCCACAAAGACAGAGGCAAAAGCCAGGUCAAAAUCCUUGCAACUCCCCCACCAAUGGAGGAUGCAGUCAUUUGUGUUUGUUGAAUGCUCGAGGUCAUUCCUGCGCAUGCCCAACUGGAGUGAAACUGUUGCCAAAUGGUAAAACUUGUGCGAAAGGUCCUGCUAAUUUCCUAUUGGUGGCAAGAAAAGUGGACUUGCGCCGUAUAUCACUCGACACGCAUGAUCUACAUGAUGUACUUUUGCCAGUUUCCGGUGUGAGACAAGCUGCGGCCAUUGAUUUCGAUCCAGUGGACAAAUUUGUUUAUUGGAGUGAUAAUGAAGCGCUUGAAAUAAAGAGAUGCAGAAUGGAUGGGAAAGAUGUUGAAGUAAUAGUAUCAAGUAAACUUGAAUAUCCCCAAGAUGUUGCAGUCGACUGGGUGGCGCGGAAUUUGUACUGGUCAGACACAGGAAAUGAUAGAAUUGAAGUCAGCAGACUGAAUGGGUCAGCUAGGAAAGUUCUCAUCGAUGACAAUCUUGACGAGCCAAGAGCAUUAGCAUUGGAUCCAGCUCAUGGAUACAUCUUCUGGACAGACUGGGGAAAGAAGCCGAAGAUUGAACGCGCAGGACUGGAUGGGAGUCGUCGCAUUACUUUGGUGAACUCAUCUAUAGGUUGGCCCAAUGGUAUCACCAUUGAUUACCGUCGGGGUAAAAUCUACUGGGCAGACGCUAAGUUAGACAAGAUAGAGGUCAUGAACUUAAAUGGGAAAAACCGUAAAGUCAUCGUGGAUACAGAUGUACCACACGUUUUUGGUCUGACAAUUCUCCAUAAUCGUCUUUACUGGACAGAUUGGCAAAAAAGAUCAAUUGAAAGUGUGAAUAAACGAAACGGCAGAGGCAGAAGAGUUAUCAGAAAAGGUGUAACCAGUCUAAUGGGACUCAAGGCAGUCGACCUUCACUUCCGUUAUGGUGUUAAUCCUUGCCAGAGAAAUAAUGGGGGCUGUAGUGAUUUAUGUUUGUUCGGACCGUCAGGAGUUAAAUGUGAAUGUCCAACGGGAAUGAAACUACUUGUUGACAAAAAGAAUUGUAUUUGAGUUAAUUGACUGCUUGACAAUGAUGUUGGAGAACAAACGAUUAAAGAUAAGAAGACGAAAGAACCAUUUAAAAUAUAUACUGCCAGAUAAAUGUAGAACUAAUUCGUAUAGUCUCACCUAUAAAAACUAGGUUACACAUUCAAAUAAAAGUGAAAUAUUAGAGGUACGUAAUUUAGCGGAUAUGCAUAUGUAAUACCAAAGCAUUGAUAUCUGAGUGAUACUUGGUCGUGUUAAGAGGCUUUCACAACUUUUAAUCACCUUAUCGCAGUUAUUAUAUUUUUUUUCCGAUGACAAUUUUCACUUAUUCCUUAAACUUCCAUAAGGGAUCAUGACAGAAUUUCUCCUUACAAUAUCAGUGCAACAUCGAGCAGACAAGUGAUGAGAAUAAAGAAAAAUAUGAGUUAGUGGAUUAUUAGUUUAACCUAUACCAAAUUCUCCGAACUAACAUUAUGAGAAUUGUAUGGCAGACAGUAAGGAGAAUUUCAGUUGAGAUCUUGGGAAUGAAAGGGUUAAGAAUUUUCUUUUGGGACAGUCAAUGGAUAAGUUUAGGUACUUAUUCCCUAAAACAACUCUUUUGAACAAUGACGUUCUGAUGAGUAAAGAAGAGAAAUUGUCAAUAAGUAAAAUUGCUUAACUAAAUUGUAAGUGACGGUAUAUUUUAUAUGGCGCAAUUCACACGAUGCGCCAGAAAGCAGUCAGAAAUAAAAAAAGAAAGAGAUAGUUUAAACUUUA